UUGUACAGGAUACAUGUUUAUUCAUGUCUAUGAAAACGAUGCCUUCAAAAACACAAAAACCAAAACAUGAAACUUUGAGCUAGGCUCACACUAUGAAUAAUUAUGUGUUCGUGGGUUAAGACGAUAUGCCUCUAUGUUCCUUGUAUCACAUCUCGUUUACUGGUACUGUGUCCUUCACCUGGUUAGUAGCCUCAUUAGUCAAUCACUGCUUCGGGAAAUCAGCAUCGGUAAGCCUACUCGGACAUCGACUCGAUAUCUUGAGGACCAACAGUACAAAAUAUCCAACAGCAGCUUCAUCCACUGUAAGACGAUGAUGUUUGACGUGUACGGGAGAAAUCCUCAGUACGACGUAGAUUUUAAAAAUGUUUUCCCUGUAGUUCAGAUUAAUAUUUCCGGAGUAGCAACAGAAUUCACCAAUCUGUCUGUUUACAUAGAUACAUCGUUUUGUGCCAAUGUGACAUUCACACCGGGUCUCUAUGUGUCAUUAACUUUCCAAUGCAUCCAGUACCUCAAAGGGAGGAUGCUGGGGAUCCGAUCAAGCUCGAUAUUCCAUCUGUGUUCAUUGCAGGUACAUUCGUGUACGGACGGUUUCACUGGACCCGACUGUCGAAGUCAUUGCGACUAUGGCAUGUUCGGUGUCGGAUGUUCUCAAGCUUGCAAUUGUUAUAAAGGAAGUGAAUGCGACGCCCUUACAGGCCACUGUCCGGAUGGUUGCCAAAACGCAUAUGGCGACGAAAACGUCGGCUGCAUCUUCAAGAUUCUUGAUUCGCCUGCACGCAACAUUGACAGGAUGCAGUUCACGCCAUCGCCGGUUGUAAACAUCUUCUCAAAUCCUCGCACCGAUAUUUACGAAUCCAUUUUAAUGACAAACUAUAGACACAGCCUUUUUAGUAGUCAACUAAAAGUUGAACAUACCGACAACUGUAUAACUGUAUACAACACUUCGCGCUUAACACUGACCGUAAAUUACGCUAGAGUGGUCUAUUUGGAAGGAGUCAUCGUUCAUCAUUCGUGGAUCGAAUGUGUACUUCCUCUUUUCGUAUUUCUGCUGGUGGACGAUAAGAUUUGCGGUGAGACCCGUUUCCUGGAUCGGCCUCCUUCAAGCGCCCAGAGAUACAUAUGUCAGCACAAAGGGCUCCAAGGGACGAAGAUCCAAAUUUUCUACAUCACCCCAAAAGCCACACAACACGGUAUCAUCAUCAUGGGCAUCUGCGGCCUGGGUAUCCUAGAGUGCGCUACUGGCUUCUACGGCCCGCGCUGCCAUUUAUUGUGUCACUGCAUGAGUACAGGAUGUGACAGCCACACCGGUGUAAGUUGGCGUGGCCUGUGUUAUCCACACUAUACGGGCAGUAACUGUGCUUCUUAUAACAUAGCCUAUAAUAGGAGUUUCAAGGUCAGGUUCUACUCUAAGGAAAAACAAUACAACUACUUACCGCAUUAUCAAUUGGACUUUUUCUAUGGAUCAAAAAAUGCCUGGUUGUCGUGGUGGUCAGUAGAAUUGGACCGAAUCUACCAAGUGAAUAGUAUUACUUUACACCUGCUGAAAGAUGAUACUCUACGUGAGCUGCUUGUUGAGGUGUACGAUAGUGAGGGACUCGAAUACAGACCACCUUUCAGCUCUAAGGAAUUUUGGAGUGGCUUCCCCUGUCAAGUAUUUUAUCCAAAUGUCGACUCGACCUUGGAAAUAAUGUGCCCCUCUGUGUCCAGGUCUCUGUUGGUAGUUAUGACCCUAGUCAACAUACCAGACAUAUUCGCCAUUAUUGACUAUAAGAUAUGGGAGUGCGCGGAAGGGACCUUUGGGGAAAAAUGUCUACAAGUAUGUCGCUGCAAGAACGAGACGGAGAUAUGUGAUAAAAUAACAGGCUACUGCGAGAGUGGAUGCAAAGAUGGUCACCGGUUAGUUGUCGGAAAGGGCUGCGUCCCUCUCAAGAAACCGGGAUACGAGAUUAUUCAGCCUACCGACUGCCACUGCAAUAGCGGAGGGUGCACACCGGGGACACAUUUGUGCACCGACGGAUGCAAGCCAGGAUGGACGGGACUAUCGUGCAACUUUACCUGCUCAUACCUGACGUACGGACCCGAUUGUGUCCACAGAUGUGACGAUAUGUGCCAAAAAAGUGAAAUUGAGAAUGAAAUUUGCAGCCCAGAUACAGGUGUGUGCUUGCACGGCUGCCUCAAGGGAUUCUCUGGAGUUAGGUGCGAGUAUGGCCGCGAGUUUGCCCGGCCGGAAGACACCUCCUCUAUGGCCUACUCCACCAAAGUGACUAUUAUCACCUUGGUGAUCUGCGCCAUCAUCAUCCUGUUUGGAGGCUUCCUGUGCAAGUUUUUCUGGAUGAAGAUGAACAAGGAGGAGGACGACAUGUACAAGUACCGGGAGCUUACCAUGAAGCGAGAGACCAGCAAGGACGUUAAUGACCAGAUUCUACGUGACCACAUGGACUACCAUGAGAACUAUCUCAAAAGAGACAUGCUCCUCAAAGCCCAAAGCGCCGACGUGGACGCCAACAUCCAGUUUCCGGAGCACAUUUCGGACAAACUCAUGCGGAAGAACGCCUUCGAUCUCAAGAAAAUAGCCGUGCCCAAAGUCGAGCAACAGAGGCCCGCGGGCCAGGGCAAGCCGCUUGGGCAGGACCACGAGCAGCAGGACUCGGACGUGAAAGUGGCGCUCUGGGUUCUGUCACAGAACUUUGAGGAGUUCAUUCAGCGGAGGAAAGAACGCCUCGCCAACUACCAGGGAAACAUCCUCGAGAUUCAGGAGUCCCUCUAUUCCAUUCCCAAAGUAGACAUCGAGGGAGACAUCCACGAUCUUUACGAUGAAAUCGCUCCCCUUGAAUUACCCUAACAGUUAUCUGCCCCUUUUGUUUCUAUUUAUAGAAAUAUCGUACAUCUGUUUGUGAUUAAGUGUAAUAUAUAUAAUUUAAUAACUAUGAAAAAAAAUUGUAUUAAAAUAUUUCAUAC